CCGUGCGACGGCGGGGACGUUGCUGGCGGCGGCGGCCCGGCCCGGUGUCAUGGCGGCGGCGCCUAGCCCGCUCCAGCCCGGCGGCCACGCACCGGAGACGGGCGCCGACCCUGCGGCCUCGGAGGUGGCGAGCAGCGCCCUGCGCGCCCUGGCCGGGCUGGCGGGGCAGCUUAACCUUGGAGAUGAUAUCGUGAAAGUUGUAAUCAAUUGGAGCAAGCUUCAAAGCACAUCAGCGCUUCAGCCAACGUUGCUCUUUAGUGCACUUCAGCAGCAUAUUUUAUGUUUGCAGCCUCUUUUAGAAAAACUCCAGUCAUUGAUUAAAGAGGAAAAUAUAGGCCAUAUUGAACUUGCAGGUAAAACGGAAGGCCAAACUUGUGAAACAAGUUUAGAUGUUUAUGAUGGUAACAGUCAGACUGAAGAAAAGUAUGCAAGUUAUGACUUGGGAGAUCUGAAGGAUGCUCAUAUCAAUUUUGAUCCAGAGGUGGUCCAAAUAAAAGCUGGAAAAGCAGAAAUUGACAGGCGGAUAUCAGCCUUCAUCGAGAGGAAACAAGCUGAGAUCAAUGAAAAUAAUGUCAGGGAAUUUUGCAAUGUUAUUGAUUGUAAUCAAGAAAAUAGCUGUGCCAGAACAGAUGCAAUUUUCACACCCUAUCCUGGAUUUAAAAGCCAUAUAAAGGUUUCUAGGGUAGUAAAUACAUACGGACCUCAGACUAGAUCUGAAGGAACACAUGGGUCCAGUCAUAAAGCAAAUGUACCCGUUCAUGAUUGUGGAAACCAAGCUGUUGAGGAGAGAUUGCAAAACAUUGAAGCACACUUACGUUUGCAAACAGGUGGUCCUGUACCAAGAGACAUUUAUCAGAGAAUUAAGAAGCUUGAAGAUAAAAUCCUUGAGCUGGAAGGACUGUCUCCUGAAUAUUUUCAAUCUGUAAGCUGUUCUGGCAAGAGAAGAAAGAUUCAACCUUCCCACCAGAACUAUUCCUUGGCUGAACUUGAUGAAAAGAUCAAUGCUAUAAAACAGGCAUUACUGAGGAAAACAAAAGAAAGCAAGUCCAAGGAGGCUGAGCGGCUUCUUCGAUGAAAAAAAAAGUCUUUUCAGAAUCCUUGUCAUGCUUCACACAUACCUAAACCAUGGACCUGAGUGGUGUUCAUCGGGGAUGACUUCAGCAAUGAAAGCAAAGCAUGCAUAUAAACUCCUUUUGGAUUAUCUUGAAAGCUUUCUUUCAGAAGAACUCAUUUAAAAACAGUCUUAUUAAUGAAAUAGUUACUUUAAAAUUAAGAAUGUUUUAGGAAUAGCAUUCUAAUAAUCCAUUCCCUUCUGUUAUAAAGGAGGAUUGCAGCAUUGUUCAUAUGUGGAAUGUCUUAACCCACAUACAGAAGCUACAUUUCAUGUGUAAUUUUUGAUGAGUGAGUAUUCAAAAGGACUAUCCUAUGAAUACUUUCAAGUAGUUUGCAUAGGCUUGUGAAAUAAAACCAAAUACUUCCUCAUAAGUAAACUGUCUUAGGCAAAAAAUAAUAUUACAAACCCAUUUGCAGUAUGCAUGCUUACCUGCAUCUUUUUCCAUAUGUGUCACUGUUUUCACAGCUGUUAGAAAUGCAGCAAAUUCACAUUUCUUUUUGGAAGAUGGUUAUGGAAAACCUCUAUGUGUAAAUAGAGACACCUCUUCUUCACUUCCUCAGUGUCCUGUAGGAAUUAAAACGUCAUACUCUGCUAACAAACAAUAUAUUUUAAAGACAGCUCCAGGGGAGGUUUUCAGGAGCAUGCCAGCAGGUACCAGCUUCCCUUCCUGCCGUGUGCAUGCUGUCAUGCAUGUGACUGCUGAGUGUGGAUGCUGGGUAUGUAGCUUAAAUUAAAGUCAGAGCUUUGGACACACACUGAAGUGUGAUUUGUUUGUUUUGUGGUUUGUUUGUUUUUUUAAUAAACCAUUUUCUAUUUA